AUGGCUGUGAUGAAUCACACAUGGGUGCCGCAGAGGAGAUUGGGCGUGUGGGUUGUGGCCGUCAUUCUCAUUGCGAGCGCAUACUACGCACUAUGGACAGACACCAUUUCGGUCGACCGAUUCCGAUUAUCAUCGGCAGCCUCCUCCUCGUGCCAAUGUCCAGGGCUCCGGCCGGAGGAUGCGUUUUUGUUACAUCAGAACAACAACAACACCAGUAGCAGUAGCAGUAGCAGCAGCAACAGCAACAGCAACAGCAUCACCACCACCCUGGUCGACGACGCUGCAAAGGCCGCCGCCACCAAUGCGGACGAGUCUGACCUCAGGGCUGAGCUGCCGGAUACCAAUAACCCAUCAGAACAAUCACGGCCUGAAUCUAAACCACAAUCAUUACCAGCCCAUGCCUCCUCGGCAGCAGCACCGCCACCACCACAUGCGUCCGCAACACCCAUCCCGUUUAAGCCGCAACGAGACGCCGAAUUCUUCAUAGACCUCCCCAAGGAGUACGAGCUGACCACAGAGGAUGACGACCUGUGCACGCUCUUCUACACAGACGACUAUGUCUAUGGCAUCGCCAACAGCUCUAAGCAGCUGUGCAACGAGGGAUCGUCAGUGCACGGUUUCGAGGUCCCCACAAACCCACACCACCAUAAGCUCAACGGCGCCACCCCAGUUUAUCUGAUGCAGGGCGUACAGUGGGACCCGACCCGCCACACCUUCAACGCGCAGUGCAGCGACACGGCCGACAAGGCUCUGAUCUACGGGUCGCCGCUGCCCGGGCUCAGCUACGGCGCGGCGCCGUCGCCCACCUGCGACAAGAACUCCCCGAACCGCCAGCUCAUCAUCUACCCGGCGCUCAAGGAGACGUACGAGAAUGUCUGGCACAAGCUGAUGGAGCUGUGGCAGAACAAGCUCUCGUACGACGCGGCGCGCAUCGCCGUCGACCCCUCGACGGGCCAGCCCUUCCUGACGCCCGAGCAAGCGGCGGGCGCGCUGGUGGUGUUCCCGGACGACCACGAGGGCCCCUGGGACGACGCGUGGGAGAUCCUGACGGGGAAGCCGCCGAUCCGCUACUCGGAGCUGUCGCGCGAGGGGUGCUACGACGUCGUGGUGGGGACGGUGGGGUGGGGCGGGCCGUUCUGGUCGGCGCUGCUCAAGACGACGUACGAGACGUGCCGGCGCGAGACGCUGCUGACGAGCUUCACGCGGUGGAUCUUUGACUUCUACGGGCUCAAGGAGCGCCCCGCGUCCGACAUCCACGCGAAGCCCACCAUCACCGUCGUGCAGCGCGGCAGCACGCGCAAGUUCCGCGACUUUGACGGGCUCAUGGAGAAGAUGCACGCGCAGCACCCCGGCUACGCCAUCAACGUCGUCGACCUGGCGCUCAUGACCAAGCGCGAGCAGAUCGCGCUGCUGCAGGGCACCGACGUGCUGGUGGGCCACCACGGCGCGGGCAUGAGCUACGUCAUGUUCAUGCGGCCCGACUCGGCCGUCGUCGAGAUCCUGCCGCCCUUCUUCCUGUCGCGCGGGUUCCGGUGGGUGGCGCGCAUGCGCGGGCUCGUGCACUUCAUCGGCAAGGCCAUGUGGCGCGAGGAGUACGCGUACCGCAUAGAGGGCGUGCCCAUCCCAGAUGGCUGGCAGCCCACCGUACAGGGCGACGGCGACGCCAACGAGUGGCAGACUGAGGAGUGGGUCUGGAUCACGCAUGAGGAGAUCCUAGGCCUCGUCGACGCGGCUGUUAAGAGCCAGCUGAACGGGAUAGGCGACCACAUGUAG